CCAAAAUAAGAAUUGGAACCUGUCGGAGUUUUAUUUUCUUUCGAAGUCAUUAAUGUUUUUCUUUGUUUAUAAAAGUUGCCGAUUAAAGUUGAAAUCGCUCAGGUUAUUUCAUAAUAUUUGCGAAUUAGUGUUCAAUAGUGAGCUCUUAAAACUUAUACCCCAAUUAAAUAAUGGAAGAUCAAGAGGAUGUCACUGUAAUAAAUUCCAGUUUACCUGAAGAUUCAUUUGAAAUCAGAAGUCCUGAAGUUGAACCACUCAAUCAAAGUAAUUUCAGUGUUUCCGAAUCGAUUGAAGUUGUCAAUACAGAAGACUCAAUAAUUUGUAUAGAGGAAGAUGAAGGAUGGAUAGAGCUUCAACCGGACAAUGAUAUUCCUCCUAAUCUUUCUUCUUCCAGUCUACCUGUUACUAUUCCUUUUACAUCAGGUGAUAUAGAAUCUUCAUCUAUUAACCAUUCUAAUGAUGAUGAUGAUUUUUGUAUAGUUUUUGAAAAGAAAGCAUCACCGUCAGAAGUGCAAAUUUUAGAAAAUUACAUGAGUCCAAACACAGAGGCUAAGAAAAAACACAGAAAAUCUCAGAAUCCAAGGCCAUCAAAUCAAAGUGAAUACCCUAAUAGUGUAACAGAAUACACAGACCUUUCAUUAGAUGAUUCCGUCUUAAUUGUUGAAGGAAACACCUAUGUUCCUGUUGCUACACCGCCUGAAAGCCAAAAUUAUGUUUUGAAUAGAUUGCAACAAAUAGCCUCUGAAUCAGCGGAGAAGAAAAAAAGAAAGAUAGAGUGUGGAGUUUGUUUUGAUGGUCCUGAUGAGAUUGAAGCAAGUGGCAGGAGUUUAGUCAGCACUAAUUGUGGACACAUAUUUUGUUCCGAUUGUAUAAAACUAGCUAUAAAAAAUUGCAAGCAAUGCCCCCAAUGUAGAAAAAGGCUUACUAUGAAGCAGUUCCAUGCUCUCUAUAUAUAACAUCCUUAUUUUUUUGCAAUCUUUUGGAUUUUCUGUUGUUUUAUUUGUAUUAUAGAUGCUAGUAAGUUUACUUACCUUUUGAAUUAAAAUAUUCAUAUUUACCAAAGUAUUGUUUUUAAAAAAAUACAAACGCAAAAUUCGUACCACAAUCUUAACUUUUUGUCACAAAAAUAAGACUUUUUAGAAAAUGCUGUACGCCUUUCCAUUUAUUGCUUUUAAUUUGAGAAGCAUAAAAUAUUGUAACUUUGUUGAUUUCUGAUGUUCAGAUUACAUUCUAUUUACAUUUUGGGGCAAAAUAAAAUUAUGUUAAGUGUAUUAACUUUGAAAGUCAAAUGUUUGUAUGUUAAAAAACAUACAUAUUUAUAUUAUAAAUUUAUUUGUAUUUUGAAAUUGAAUAUAUGAUUUUUGCAGAAUUAAAUGUAAAACCAAAAAAAAAAAAGCUAUUUUUUUAAUAGUUUAUUUGGAUUUUGAAACGGAAUAUUGGUAUGAAUUACAAUAUUGUUCUCAAAGUAUAAAUUGUUAGAAUGGAAACAAAAAGUCUGAAAAUAUGUAGAACUAUUUUACUGUCAUUUUUUGUUAUAUAAUCAAAAUAUGUCUUUGUAUAUUUUUUUCUGACCUGUUGUAAUAUAAUCUAAAUUUGUAUAUUAAAAAAAUAAAAUGUUUGUAAUUAUUUGUA